AUGUCUCACUCGUGGCUUCAGAGAAAGCGCAAAGCUGACUUGAUUGACCUUGCGCAGAAGGCUAGACUUCCCGAUGCCGACGGCCUUCUGAAGGAUGAUCUCGUGCAGAUUCUUGGGAGCCAUCUCAACUCCAACGAGUCGACCUUUGCCAAACUUCCCGAAUUUCGCGACUACUAUGGCCGAAAUGGUUCGCCAGUCAAGCGCGAACUGUCUUCGCCGUCAGAACCCUUCACAGCUACCAAGACGACGCGUCGCCGAACGCUGAACAAGGACCCUUCUCCAGAGUCUACCCCCAUCACUACGUCUACACCCAUCAUUACACCAGAAAUUCGCAGCGUUGUCGCGCGUACACCAAAGCCCAGAGCCGUCCCUCGUCGUGUUUCCGAGGUACUCUCUGAAGUCGAACCGAAGGCGAAAGCCGUAUCUCGUCGCGUUUCUGAAGUGUUCAAUGAAGUGGACAUCCCAGCAUCGCCUGCACAACUCGCUGAAAUCGCAGAUCAGUCCUUCCAAGAAAUUCAAACCAAGGCUGUUGAGCUAUGGGACAGGACUCGAAUCGAUGAGCUCAAGGAAUUCGUUCGCGAAAACGCAAGCUCGGUUGCUACAAUCCAGACCAUUAUCCUGCUCGUGGAGGCUGUAGGACUGCAAUGGAACACACUUGACACGACUCCAUUGUUCGCGACACCCACCGCCUUCAGCUCGUACUCGAAUAGUCAAGACGUCCGGGGACCAAACUUCUGGGUACUUCUCUCGGCUGAUUGGUGGUCACCAGCUACUCUCUGGUCGCUCACUAGCUGGGUGCUACCGCUCAUGUUCUCAUACUUCUUCAACCUGACUCUUCGCACAAACACCUCGCGCAAGUCUUCGGACCGCCAAUACCCCGCUGAUCCGCUUAUCUUCAACAUUGCACGGGCAAUAUUGUCAUACAGUGCCUACCGAGAGACUGUCAACUUGGCCCUCGCGCCAAGUGCCUGGGGUCCCUUCUCUGAAUAUGCCGUUGCGCGUGUGGGAAACAACGUACCCGGAGGAUACUAUGGUCUACAAAUCGGCUCGCUAGUUGGUAUACUUGUCAGUCUCUACGAUGCGGCACUAAAGAAGUAG